CAACUAGUUGCAUAGUUUUUUUUUGUUUUUUAAAACACUUGUUAAGUGAACGCCAUUACAACCACUUGGUUUAGUGCACAACCCCUUUUGAGAAUCUUUAAGAUCGCCAUCUUUUCUUCGAAAGAAAAAACCACCACCAUUUCAUCCACCAACAUUAAUAAAAAAUUUGGAUUUAUAAGUACCAUGGACGCUUUAACCAUUGCGAUGGAAGAUGCUCUCUUGGAGUCGGACAAGGAAGUGAUGGAGGUAGAGGACCAGGGAUCUAAGGAUACCCCAGUGCCGGAUCCAGUACCUGUUUCAAUAACUGCUCCAGUAACUGCUCCAGUACUUGCUCCAGUACCUGCUCCAAUACCAUCUCCAGCCCCUACUCCAACACUUGCUGUGGCAUCUGCUUCGGUACCUGCUUCAGCACCAGAGUUGCUUACAUUAAAGGUCGCUUCGGUUGAGAAGUCUUCUGAAUCUACCGAUCCAGACCCGGCAGCAGCUCCCACAACCGCAAAGGCGUCAAAAGUGGAAUCCUCGGGCUCGAAUGUGUGUAAGCAAUGUAAAGGAAGACACCCGCUGUAUAGGUGCGCUAGUUUCCGAAAGUUGUCUCACGAAAAGAAGCUCAGAUUUGUCGUUCUACAUCGACAUUGCUACCGUUGUUUAUCAACAAAACACCUGGCUAAUGAGUGCAAGUCGUUGGUGAAGUGCAACAUAUGCCACGACAAUCACCACUCUCUUUUGCACUCACCAGGAAAAGGUCAAAAGAAGAAAGACGCGAAACCUAAACCCCAUACUUCAGCGCAGUCAAAAGCGAAAUCGAUUCCCUAUCCCGUCCAAGCUUCUAAUGUGCCAUUAAGACAUGCUAUUAACCUGUCUCCGACCUUAAAGGUAAAUUUGUUGAUAGGCAACCGUCGAAUUUUGGUCCGAGCGGUUUUAGACUUGUGUUGUCCGAUGUCUUAUGUUUGUGAGUCCCUAGUCCAGCAGCUUAGGCUGCCUGUCUCGUCUGCGAACGGCGUUAAUAUAUGUGGUUUGACUAUCGGCUCAAUAUACGCGCAUCACCCUCAACUAACGUUGUCUGCAACAGUGAGGAAAAUGGUCGGUAUUCGUACUCCACCGGAAAAUAUUUCCAACGACAUUUUAACUUUAUUUGACGGGAUUCAGUUAGCUGAUCCCACAUUUAAUCAGUCGGGACAGGUCGCGUUGGUUUUAGGGCCAGAACUAAGUGCUUCCAUUAUUAAAGGAAAAAUCCAUUCUAGCCCGGGUCUUCCACUUGCCCAAUACACGUUAUUUGGAUGGGUCAUUUCCGGCCAAUCCCCUUAUUAAGAAAAUAAAGCCAUAUUAAAUUGACCUGUGAAUGUUAUUUAUUCAUGGGAACAGUCGAGAGACUGAAAAAAUCCACCUGUGGGACUUCGGUUCUAUGGGGAAAGUCGAGAGACUUCUUAAAAAUCCACCUGUGGGACUUCGGUUCUAUGGGGAAAGUCGAGAGACUUCUUAAAAAUCCACCUGUGGGACUUCGGUUCUAUGGGGAAAGUCGAGAGACUUCUUAAAAAUUCACCUGUGGGACUUCGGUUCUGUGGGGAAAGUCGAGAGACUUCUUAAAAAUCUACCCAGGUCCUUUGACCUUUCGUCGAUAUUUUUAAAAUUUGAAAAAAAAAAAAAAAUAAUAAUUAUGGAAAAAAAAAAAUUGAAAAGAAAACAUAAUAUAAAUAGAUAUAUAAUAAUAAAAAAAAAAUGUAUAUAUGUAUAAGUUUAUCCUAGAUUUAUUAACCUUUAUUUCUCAUUUGUUGUUGCAACUAACUUCGUCGUUGCAAGGUGGCCGGCAAUGUUCAUUUUAGAAAUUAAUUUGAAACCCUAUUUUCUAUUCCCUUUAUACUACGUUAGGAUUUAUCUAACUACUUCUUUUUUCAUCUUUGAAAAAGUGUAGAGAUAAAUUCUAACUAGUAAAACCGCUAACGGUAUAAAGUAAUUCGCAACUAGUUGCAUAGUUUUUUUUGUUUUUUAAAACACUUGUUAAGUGAACGCCAUUACAACCACUUGGUUUAGUGCACAACCCCUUUUGAGAAUCUUUAAGGUAAAUAUAAAUUUAAUAAAUAAACUUUUUUUUUUUGAAAAAACUUAACUUUCUUGUCUUUUUAUUUCUUUUUCUGCACACACAAAAACAUACAUAGAGAAGGCAACAAUACCACGUUCGCAGGUUACGCCCACCAUCUACAGUAGACACUGAAUAUAAACUAUCGAGGAAAACUAGAAUAAUUCUAGACCAUUUGAAAUCAAGCAACAGUCUUAUAUAUGUCUGGAUUCUCUCUCUGGUGCUGUUGCCAUCACAACAGAUGUCACUGGGUAAUGUGACAGAGCAACUUAUGCUGGAUUCCUAAACCCGUUGACACUUGGUAGUUGCCUGUCAUCCCG